AAAUAACACUGGUCACCAAGCUGGAAAACAGCAUAUGUAAACAACAUGGAAAGUGAGGAUUUUCACGGUGUUGAUGCGCUUAUCAGACCAGCCGGAAAGGACGAUAUGGUGGCUGUCGCUAGUUUAAUACAGGAACUGGCUGAUUUCCAGAAUAUGUCAGAUGGUCCGAAAAUUAAUGCUACAGAUUUACAGCGAGAUGGCUUUGAAACAAUUCCGCCAGCAUUUCAGCUUCUAGUAGCAGAGAACAAAAAGAAUAAUGCAAUUAUUGGCUAUGCUCUGUACUUUACAACAUAUUCAACUUGGGAGGGCCCGGCAAUGAUGCUGGAAGAUUUGUAUGUGAAACCUGCGCUGAGGAAGCAAGGUAUAGGGAGAAGGCUUUUUAAUGCAGUAACCAAGCAAGCAGCACUGGCUAGAUGUUCACGAUUAGACUUUCAUGUCUUGGAAUGGAAUAAAGCAAAAUCAUUUUAUGAGUCCAUUGGAGCUGUAAACCUGACCAACACUGAACAAUGGUGCUUGUAUCGUCUGUCUGGGGAUGCUUUUCAGAAAACAGCUAAUCAAAAAUAAGUAUGACAGUGUUGGGUAUUUAAUAAAAGACUUAAUGUGAUCAAACAUUAUGGGUAUAUUUUUGUAAUGUAAUAUUAUAUACAACAUAACAUAUUGUGUAGUUUAUUGUUGUGGAAUUAAGUAUUUAGCUUAACAAUAGGUACUGUGAUAUUGCCAAUGUGGUGACAAAGUCUAUGCUUGUUAUUGAAAUAAAAUGUCGUACAAUCUAAUUCUAAAUCAUUACAAUUGUUCGUUGACUAAACUAUGUACAAAUAAUUAUAAAUGCCAUUUAUUUUACUUAGUCUAUAAAUAAUACUACUCUGUUUACAGUAAUUAUCUAUCUUCAUUGGAAUUACUAUCAGAUCACACUUUAAGGUCAUGUAAGUCCUGCUUGAUAUGGCCGAUGGCCCAGGGGAGGGGGAGGGGUAUGCAUUUAGUUACAAUUUUUUUCUCUUGGUGACAGAGAUGAAAAUACACAUUUUCCAAGUUUGUAGUAGGCCAUUUGGUGUUGUACUUUAUUUCCAGCACUUUAGUGGAAUAAGCAGUAGCAGUAGUCUAGUCAGUCAAAUAUAAUCUAUUUUUACAAAUAUGUAUAACGUGGACUACCUCUCUCUAUAAUACAUCGAUAUCUAUACUUAAAUACAUUGUGCUGGUUUUGUAACUCGUUAAAUGUAAGAAAUCAAAAUUUAGAUUGAAUAUGGCAGAACUUUUGUCUCACCCAACAGUAGUAAAACAGUAUUCAUAAAUAUUUCAAAUACCUAUUUGUUAUAUACAUAACUUACAUUAUAGACUUAGGACUAAAACAGAUUCCUUGGCAUUUGUUCAUUAUCUAAUUUGUGGAAUGCAUUGGUGGGGUGAUAUUGUCUCAAAAUGCGGUGCCCGAGCGGUGCCACGGCUACGCCACUGUUAUUCCGCACUGUCCCACUUGCGUAAGGUUCACCUUAACAUAAGUAUUAAAAAUUAUUGUU